AUGUCACAUUUUUUGCGAGAGGAAGCAAUAUUAGAAGAAUUAGAAGCAGAGUACGAAUCAUCAUGUUCUGAGACUGAAGAUAUAGAAAAUGUCAGUAUUCACGAUACUGAUUCUGAAGAAGAUGCGAAUCCUUUUGAUCAUCAAUCACAUGAGUUAUCUCCGCUUGUUCAACCACUCGGAGUACGAAAUUGGCGAGAUCUUCAAGUAUCCCAUGAUUAUUUAGAUGUUCCAUUACAGUUUUUGCGAUGUGGGAGUUCACGGGCAAAGAUAAUAUUACAAAAUGGCAAGUUUGUGCGCCACCACAAAAUGUUAGGACAUCAGACAUCAUAUGAUGUCUGA